AUGGCGCAAGAUUCGAACGAUAACGAGAAGUCAGAAGGUUCCUCUGGCCAAGAGUUUGGCACCGACUCUAAUGAAUCUCCUCUCAGUUCGCUGAAUGACCGCCCAGCAGGCUCUACCCCAGACGCUUCACCCCUGUCGAAUGCUGGUCUUGUGCAGUUUCCACGCAAGAACCCUGAGGCGCUAUCAAUUGAUUCACCGCCACCCUCAGAUGAUGAGGACGAACUUGAAGAGGUUAGGCCCCUUCGGCGGAUUUUCACUGGCCGCAAAAAUACAGGUGAGCGCUCACGUUCGCCGUCCUAUGCAUCAGGCCGGAGGAAUUCACUUGCUAGCUCUACCCGCAACCGACAACAUAGCUCAGCUGCGAACUCGGAUGCGUUAUCGGAAGAACAUGAAGACGAGAUUGAGGCGGAAGAGAGAGAGCCCCGCCUAAACCGUAGUAGGUCGCAUACUCCAAGCCAAAAUGCGUUGCUAGAACGUUAUCUGGAACAGAUUGAAAGAGAAGAUGAUACGGAGUCCAGCUUUUUCAAUGCCGUAUUUGAGACCCUGGCCGAAGCUGUUAAACAAAUUAUCAAACCAGAGUUUUUCAGAUUCGAUUAUGCGUCGUUGAAAAUCGUUUUCCGUACAUGGGCCUGUGGUUGGAUUGGUUUAAUCCUCAUGGUUAUCAGACCUGUUGAGAGAUGGAUUGGUAGUACUUCGUUUCUUCUUCCCCUUAUUGGCCUUUUGUCUUCGCCAGGUGGAUUGUCCGUGUCCAAUGCGUCGGUAAAUGUCAUCCUGGAGGCUGCAUUCCCUGCUUGGGGAUUACUAUGCGCAUAUGUCGCUAAUGUGAUUCAAUGGGCAGCUCGAGGGUAUCCCACAAAGCAGGGAAUAAUGGCUGAACUAGCUGCUGAAGGCAUCUGUAAAUACGGAGACGCUAAAUGUUUGAGAGAGGUUGUAAUUACUGGCCGUUAUCUGAGAUUUGAUAUUACAGUGAUUACAAUUUUCCAACUUGCUUUUUCAAUUUGGGUUCCAGGCCUUGCAGAGCAGUACUACAUGCGCCUUUUCAAGAUCCCAUUCGUUAUGAACCUUCUCAUGCUUCUCCCUGUGAUACCCUCACAAAAUGCCACACCCUACAUUUCCUUUUGGGAACUCUAUCGAUCCUCUAUUAUUGCCCUUUACCUGGCAUAUGCUAUCAAAUUGGUGAGCUGCUAUAUCAUUUUCCCAAUCUCAUCAAACUGGAAGUAUGUCAACAUUCUUGCAAGCGUCACCAAAAGUACCAAAAAGCUCUCAGAGGAUUUCUUCAAUCGGGUACACAGUGAGCUGCCAUCGAAUGACACCUUUGAGGGUUCAUACAAGAAUAUCCCAGGAGAAUGUGCUAAACUAUCGAAUCUCUUUUUUAAGUUUGACAUGGAUGGCCUUAUGCUCAAAAUUGAAGUUUCUUACUCACGUUUAGAUGCUGGUGAUAUUGGUGAAUUGCGCUCUCGUGUUCGUGAGGUUUUAGCUGCUCUCAACAGCGUACACUUUUUCUUGAUCAAUAUGCAGAAUCGUAAGGAAAUUUUGAACGAUACAGCGAAUAAGAGGGUAUACGAGAAGUAUACACAGGAGAGCUUGUCGCCGGGCACACCCAAAGAGAAGCAUUUUCGUGACAUAUUCAAUAUGCAACGAAAGCGUCCUCACGAUCGCCCUCGCUACAAGCCCACCGGAAAAUUUGAGUUUCAAAGUGGCGAAAAUUGGCGGAUGAUGGAAAGGGAUAGUCUCGGAGAUCUUACUCUUGAAGAUCUCGAUAAGGUUUACAGCCUCAUUAUAGGUCAUUAUCACCGCGCUCUCGUAAGUGCAAACAACGUUCUAGAAGAAGUUGGCGAGUGGCUAACAGCUGCUAACAGCUAUCGGCUGCGAUCUAUGCUACCUUUUUUUCGAGAAGCUUACGCCAAAACUCAAAAAGAACGCGCAGACUCACUUGCAAAUGCAGUCCAAGAGCUGGAAAACUGCCAUUCCGAGCUCCUAAAAGGCUUUGCCGACUACCGCACCAAGGUGGAGGGCAUAACCACGAGGGGAACUGCGCCCUAUCUUUUCAUUCUGGCACAGGACUCACUCAUGAACCUUGUUGGCGCAGAGUUUCUCAACCGGGUCCACAGACUUGCCCGCUACUGCGGUCACUUAGAUCACGCACAAUCCAAACCUCGCUGGCUAAAUCCUUUUGGCACUACUAGAGCCAAAUCUAUGGGUAUUGCCCUAUUCAGUUUGGGUGCUAACGUUACUGACCAGUCUGAGGUUAGUGAUUUUGUGCCUGUUCAUCAGGUUGAGGUUCGCAACCCUGAUGCCACGCUGCCUCACACAAGGUUCCACAGAUUUGCAGUGAAGUGUGACAAGGUGGUUAAAUGGUUUUGCAGCCCCAUGAUACUGUUCAAUACUAAGCGAGCCUUUGCGGUAAACAUUCCGUUCAUCAUCUUCUAUAACCGAGAAACCAUUCUGUUUGGAUUCAAGUGUCAUGCUAUCUGGGUUUCGAUUAUUUUCGUUAUGACUUGCUCACGGCAGGCUGUAGAUGGUGCUUAUGGCCUUAUUACUAGGCUGUAUGCCACGUUUUGGGGAUGUAUUUUGGGUCUCUUAAUUUGGUAUAUUUCGUCAGGUAAUGGUCAUGGUAACUCAUACGGACUAGCGGUCACUUGCGCAUUUGGCUUUAUUAUAAUUGCUAUGCACAGACAUUUCAACAGCGACAAAGUUCCUCUGGGGUCUAUUGUGUUUUGUGUCACUGUCAUUCUUGUUAUCGGCAACAGCUGGGCUACUACGUAUGCUCCCCCGGUAGGAAGUGCAAUAGGAAGGGGAUGGCGAGUUGGUUGGUUGCGUUUUGUGACCGUUUCAAUCGGUGUGACUCUUGCGUUCAUAGUGACAAUGUUCCCUGUACCGGCCACUGGCAAGCGUGCAAUUCGAGAAGGACUAGGCGUCAAUCAACAAGAGCUUGGAGAAACAUUGUCAUCAAUUGUUAAUUUUGCGCUGCAAAGAAUGGAUAAUCCACAAGUUCACGUGAAGCGAAGGGCUGACCCCAUCCACAACUCAUUCAAGCUCAUUUCCAAUCAGAUUCUUGCAGCUUCUCGCCUUGCAUCUUUGAUGAAGUUCGAACCGGCGUUUAUCGGUGUCUGGCCAGGAAAACGUUACAGAUUUUUGAUCGCAAUACAGCAAGAAAUUGCAUCGUUGCAAUCGCUUACCCUCUUGCUGUUGAAUAAAGUUGAAUACGGUGAAGAUUUGACACUGCUUAUGGAUGAAAUGGGAAUUUCAGAUGUUGAGCUGCUAUCCACUACUUAUGCUGUCUUCUAUAUGACUGCUAAUGCUUUACUCACCAAGAAGGCAUUGCCAUCAAUCACACCUGGAGGCCUCUAUUACCGUCAUUGGAAGCAUUUUGCCCAGCUGAGGCACCAAUCUCAAAAUGCCCAGCCUCUUCUAGAGACUGCAUCUGAAAUGUACACAACUUAUGAUGGACGACUUCGACUAGCAGGAAUGAUGGUCUCAAACCUUCUCUAUGACGCCAUAGAUGGAUCUAUGUUAAUUGUGAAAGGCCUUGUAGGAGAGGCAUUCGACACGGACGAGAAGAUCUACUUUAUGCACUAG